AUGGACACCACUCCACUGAACAGAGGGUGUGCAGAGCAAACCUUUGCUGCAGUGUGCCAACGUAAACUCAAAUCUAAUCUGAAGCAGAAGUUUCAGUGUGUGUUUGAGGGGAUUGCCAAAGCAGGAAACUCAACACUUCUGAACCAGAUCUACACAGAGCUGUACAUCACAGAGGGAGAGAGUCAAAAGGUCAAUGAGGAACAUGAAGUCAGACAGAUUGAAACAGCAUCCAGGAAACCAGCAGAAGCAGAAACACUGAUAAAAUCUGAAGACAUCUUUAAACCUUUACCUGGAAAAGAUAAGCCAAUCAGAACACUGAUGACAAAGGGAGUGGCUGGCAUUGGGAAAACAGUCUUAACACAGAAGUUCACUCUGGACUGGGCUGAAGAUAAAGCCAAUAAGCACAUAGAGUUCACAUUUCCAUUCACUUUCAGAGAGCUGAAUCUGCUGAAAGAGAAAAAGUUCAGUUUUGUGGAACUUCUUCAUCACUUCUUCACUGAGACCAAAGAAGCAGGAAUCAGCAGGUUUGAGCAGUUCCAGGUUGUGUUGAUCUUUGACGGUCUGGAUGAGUGUCGACUUCCUCUGGACUUCAACAACAACCAGAUCCUGACUGAUGUUACAGAGUCCACCUCAGUGGACGUUCUGCUGACAAACCUCAUCACUGGGAACCUGCUUCCCUCUGCUCGCCUCUGGAUAACCACACGACCCGCAGCGGCCAAUCAGAUCCCUCCUGAGUGUGUUGACAUGGUGACAGAGGUGAGAGGCUUCACUGACCCACAGAAGGAGGAAUACUUCAGGAAGAGAUUCAGAGAUGAGGAGCAGGCCAGCAGAAUCAUCUCCCACAUCAAGACGUCACGAAGCGUCCACAUCAUGUGCCACAUCCCAGUCUUCUGCUGGAUCACUGCUACAGUUCUGGAGGACGUGUUGAAAAUCAGUCAGAGAGGACAGCUGCCCAAGACCCUGACUGAGAUGUACAUCCACUUCCAGCUUGUUCAGUCCAAACAAGGGAACAUCAAGUAUCACAGCAGAGCUGAGACAGAUCCACACUGGACUCCAGAGACCAGGGAGAUGAUCCAGUCUCUGGGAAAACUGGCUUUUGAGCAGCUGGAGAAAGGCAACCUGAUCUUCUAUGAAGCAGACCUGGCAGAAUGUGGCCUUGAUAUCAGAGCAGCCUCAGUGUACUCAGGAGUGUUCACACAGAUCUUUAAAGAGGAGCGUGGGCUGUACCAGGACAAAGUUUUCUGCUUCGUCCAUCUGAGCCUUCAAGAGUUUCUGGCUGCUCUUUAUGUCUUUCUGACCUUCAUCAACUCUGGUGUGAACCUGCUGACAGAGCAACAACCGACCUCCAGUUGGUUUACAGUAUUCAGCCAGAAAUCUAAAUUAAAACUCCUCCUCCAGAAUGCUGUGGACAAGGCCUUACAGAGUCCAAAUGGACACCUGGACUUGUUUCUCCGCUUCCUCCUGGGUCUUUCAAUGGAGACCAACCAGCGUCUCCUACGAGGCCUGCUGACACAGACAGGAAGUAGCUCACAGACCAACCAGGAAACAGUCCAGUACAUCAAGAAGAAGAUCAAAGAGAAUCCCUCUCCAGAGAGAAGCAUCAACCUGUUCUACUGUCUGAAUGAGCUGAAUGACAAUUCUCUAGUGAAGCAGAUCCAACAGCACCUGAGUUCAGGAAGUCUCUCCACAGACAAACUCUCUCCUGCUCAGUGGUCAGCUCUGGUCUUCAUGUUGCUGUCAUCAGAAGAAAAACUGGAUGUGUUUGACCUGAAGAAGUACUCUGCUUCUGAGGAGGCUUUUAUGAAACUGUUGCCAGUGGUUGAAGUCUCCAAAACAUCUCUGCUGAGUGGCUGUAAUCUGUCAGAGAGAAGCUGUGAGGCUCUGGCCUCAGUUCUCAGCUCCCAGUCCUCCAGUCUGAGAGAGCUGGACCUGAGCAACAACCACCUGCAGGAUUCAGGAGUGAAGCGUCUCUCUGCUGGACUGGAGAGUCCAAACUGUAGACUGGAGGCUCUCAGGCUGAGUGGCUGUAAUCUGUCAGAGAGAAGCUGUGAGGCUCUGGCCUCAGUUCUCAGCUCCCAGUCCUCCAGUCUGAGAGAGCUGGACCUGAGCAACAAUGACCUGCAGGAUUCAGGAGUGAAGCGUCUCUCUGCUGGACUGGAGAGUCCAAACUGCAGACUGAAGGCUCUCAGGCUGAGUGGCUGUAAUCUGUCAGAGAGAAGCUGUGAGGCUCUGGCCUCAGUUCUCAGCUCCCAGUCCUCCAGUCUGAGAGAGCUGGACCUGAGCAACAACCACCUGCAGGAUUCAGGAGUGAAGCGUCUCUCUGCUGGACUGGAGAGUCCAAACUGUAGACUGGAGGCUCUCAGGCUGAGUGGCUGUAAUCUGUCAGAGAGAAGCUGUGAGGCUCUGGCCUCAGUUCUCAGCUCCCAGUCCUCCAGUCUGAGAGAGCUGGACCUGAGCAACAACCACCUGCAGGAUUCAGGAGUGAAGUGUCUCUCUGCUGGACUGGAGAGUCCAAACUGCAGACUGGAGGCUCUCAGGCUGAGUGGCUGUAAUCUGUCAGAGAGAAGCUGUGAGGCUCUGGCCUCAGUUCUCAGCUCCCAGUCCUCCAGUCUGAGAGAGCUGGACCUGAGCAACAAUGACCUGCAGGAUUCAGGAGUGAAGCAUCUCUCUGCUGGACUGGAGAGUCCAAACUGUAGACUGGAGACUCUCAGGCUGUCAGGCUGUCUGCUCACACAGGAAGGCUGUGCUGCUCUGGCCUCAGCUCUGAGCUCCAACCCCUCCCAUCUGAGAGAGCUGGACCUGAGCUACAAUCAUCCAGGAGCCUCAGGAGAGAAGCUGCUCUCUGCUGGACUGGAGGAUCCAACCUGGAGCCUGGAGGCUCUCAGGGUGGACCAUGGUGGAGAGCAGAGGUUGAAACCAGGUGUGAGGAAGUAUUCCUGUCAAGUCAAACUGGACCCAAACACAGCACACAGACACCUCAAACUGUCUGAGGACAACAGGAAGGUGAGACUGGUGGAAGAGAAGCAGCCAUAUCCUGAUCAUCCAGAGAGAUUUGACUACUAUCGUCAGGUGCUGUGUGGAACUGGUCUGACUGGGAGGUGUUACUGGGAGGUCGAGUGGAAGGGACGGGUUAAUAUCGGAGUGACUUACAGAGGAAUCAGCAGAAGAGGACGCAGUGAUGACUGCUGGCUUGGAAGAAACGACAAAUCCUGGAGUCUAGAGUGCUUUGGUAGAGGUUUCACUGCCCGACACAAAAACAGAAGAACAGACGUUCCUGUCCCCUCCUCCUCCUCCUCCUCCUCCUCCUCCUCCUCCUCUAACAGAGUAGCAGUGUAUCUGGACUGGCCUGCUGGCUCUCUGUCCUUCUACAGCGUCUCCUCUGACGCUCUGAUCCACCUCCACACCUUCACCUGCACCUUCACUGAACCUCUGUACCCUGCGUUUAGGUUUGGGCUGGACAAUGACCUCAUCUAUACGCUCAGGUCCUCAGUGUCUCUGUGUCUGAUGGAGUAAUGAAACACUCAAACUGCUGCCCAGAGACAACUGCUGAAACACACACACACACACACAGACACACAC